AUGAGUAAAAUCAGUCGAACCGAACAGAAAUAUCGUUUCGGCUGGCAAGUCUUCAUUCGUCUACUCACACUCGUUCCUUUACUAUUCGCCCGAAUACGAUUCACUGUACUGUUCACCGUUCUAACACUUGCGUGUGCCAUCGGAAAUGAAGUCGUGGCCCAGAAAACCGGUACGAUGACCGGACAAUUUUACAAGGAACUACUUCGACGGGACGAAGCAGCAUUCUGGAAUACUCUCAUAUUGGCCACAGCAGUUUAUGCUGCCCAAUGUUUGCUACUCGGUGGUGUUGCAUUCUUCUCGUGGUGCUUGUAUCUGUGUUUCCGUAAAAAUCUUGUCACAUCCCUUCAUGAUCUCUAUUACGAAAAUAAUGUAUAUUAUACUAUUAACAGCAUUGAAGAUCAAGGAAUCGACAAUCCUGAUCAACGAAUAACACAAGAUGUCGAGAAAAUGUGUGAAGUGCUAGCGGUAAAACUCGCUCCAUCACUACUGAUAGCACCAUUUGUCAUCGCCUACUACACGUUCAAAACUUGGCAGACAGCCGGUGGAUUUGGUGUGGCCCUGAUUUACUUGUACUUCAUGGUUGGAGCUGCUCUAAAUCGUGUCCUCAUCUCACCACUUACCAAAUGGGCAGCCAGAGUAGAAAAAGCUGAAGGUGACUUUCGUUUCAAGCACGUCUCGGUGAGGAACCACGCAGAGGAGAGCGCUUUCUAUCAGGCAGCUGAUUUUGAGAAACACUCUUCAAAUGAAAUUUUUCAAGUGCUAUGGAAGGCUCAAAGGAAACUCGUGCUAUGGCAGUUCCCGACACAAGUUCUGCAAUACUUCUUCGACUACUAUGGUGGAGUGCUAUCCUAUGCUAUUCAAUUAUUCCCGAUCUUCGUCUUUGGAUCGUACGACAACCUCGAUCAAGCUUCAUUAAGCGAAAAAAUCAGUAACAAUGCUUUCUACUAUAUUUACCUAAUUAACAGCUUUACACGCCUUACCGAUUUGGCUCUAAACAUCGGAGAACUUGGUGGUUAUGUUCUGAGAGUGUCAGAAAUAGUGCGAUGUUCUCAACGUGAAAAAGGCAUUAUUAAUGACGCAUUCGCCACUGACGUCGUCGAUGAUGGCGAUGGAAAUGGAGAUCUGGCAUUCAGCAUACGCAAUCUCAUUGAUAUCCCCUUGAAUAACAGUCUAAUAGUGACUGGACCGAGUGGAGCAGGAAAAUCGUCUCUGUUCCGUGUCCUUGCAGAGUUAUGGCCAAGCAAAUCAGGUUUUCAUUUUUUUUCAACCGAUUACCUGUAUCUACCGCAACGGCCGUAUCUGCCCGUGGGUCGUCUAACAUUACGACAACAAAUUUGCUUCCCA